AUGUUGGUCGUCAGGUGUCAGCAGCAGCUGCAGAAGGACGGAGGCAGCAAGUGCUCAACAUGUCCAGUGCUAGCAGCAGUUUCAAACAAGAUUUACCUCCGCAGGGAGGAUAUGGUUCCAUUAAAUGGAUGAAGGAAGUUGCUAAACGAGGUCCCAGCGGAUUUUUCAAGUUUUCUACCUUUAUUGCUCUCUCUCUGGCUGGUUACACUGUAUGGACUUUCCAAGCUAAACACUGGAAACGUUACAGGCUUGAGAUGCAGGAUGCCAGGAAUGCUGUAGAACCUCUAUUUCUAGCUGAAGUUGAUAGAAUGUAUUUAAGAAGACUGAGAGACAACCGCCAGGAAGAGAAAGAACUCAUGAAAGAUGUUCCAAACUGGAAAGUUGGCACUUUGAAUGGUGAACCUAUUUUCCACAAUCUCCGAGAUAGAUUCAUCGAGCCGUCGUUAAAAGAAUAUUUGGCUCACAUUGGCAAGCACGACAUGUAUGACAUAAUGUUUGAAAGAAGGAAACAUUAAAGUAGUUGACUGUUUUUUGUAUAGUUUAAAUACAACAAUAAAUAUUACAAACCUUG